AGCAAGGAAUGGUACCACGCACGCGGGAUCCCUUUCCGCCGCGGGUACCUCCUGCACGGCGUGCCCGGCGCGGGCAAGACGAGCCUCAUCCAGAGCCUCGCGGGCGCGCUCGGGCUCGACGUGUACGUCGUCUCGAUCGGGCGCAAGGGGCUCGACGACGCGGAUCUGGCGCAGCUGAUCUCUGAAUUGCCGGAGCGGUGCGUCGCGGUGAUGGAGGAUAUCGACGCAGCGUUCGCGCACACGGUUAGCCGCGAGUCGUCCUCGUCGAAUGAGGACUCCAGUUCUGUUGGGAACGGCGUGACUCUCAGCGGGCUUCUCAAUGCCAUCGACGGUAUUGGCGCACACGAAGGCCGCAUUCUAUUCGCCACGACCAAUAGAUAUGAGGCUCUCGAUCCUGCGUUAUGCCGACCCGGCCGCAUGGACCGGCAUGUCGAAUUUGGGUACGCGAGCGCGCACCAGGCGCGCGAGCUCUUCCGCGUGUUCUACCAGCCGGCUGGUGGAGACUCAGAAGGCUCCGUUCCCUCGGAGAAGGAUAAAGACACCGAGCUGGAGGACCUGGCCGCGCAGUUCGCCGAGAAGGUGCCCGAGGGGCGGUUCUCGAUGGCGAGCCUGCAGGGCUACCUGAUGAUGUACAAGACUUGCCCGCGUGAGGCGGUUGAGCAAGUCGGGAGGUGGGUGGAGGAGGAAGAGAGGGAGACCAAAAAGGGGCGCGUGGAGACUUGA